GUCUACGUUUGCUACUAUUUAGCGCGAGCUACUUUUAUUAUCUAUAUUUACAUACCUUGAGGACAGAACAUCACCGUUUGCAGCGCUCCCGUCUGCUUUGGCCAACUGCUGCCUCGAGUUUCUUCUGCUCUAGCUCUUGGCCUCGGCAGCCCAUAAUAGCUACGAUGGGCAUCCAGCAAGAGGACGGUGCUGCGGAGUCGCGCGUGCUCCUCGCAGGCGCGCGGUCGUCGGAGCACUCGGAGCAGUGGUCCACUGGCAUCUUUGAUUGCUUUGCUCAGCCGGGAGGCGCUGCGCUUGGAUGCGUUUCCCUGUUCAUGCCCUGCGUCCAGUACGGCGUCGUGGCGGAGACUGUGAACCAUGAGGAUGUGCCGUGCGGCGGGCAGUUCGGGCUGGCUGCCGGUACCUUCUUCUGCCUGGAAGUGUUGGCGGGGCUGGCUCAGGCCUCCCUGUGGCCUGGCAUCAGCCUGGUGCCCACCAGCGGUGUGCUGCACUACCGCCUGCGCCGCCACCUGAGGGACAAGUACCGCAUCCAGGGCUCCUGGCAGCGGGACCUGUGCGCCACUUGGUGGUGCGGCCCGUGCGCCCUGGCGCAGGAGACACGCGAGAUCGCCAUCCGCUCCGCCGCAACCGCGGCCGCCAAUGCCGCCAACGCGGCACCGGCCGGAAAGGGCGCGAGCAUGCAGGCGCCAGGCACCAUGGCUGUGGUGGGCAACCUGCUGCUGCCGGCGCACUACGCGCCCGCGCCUGUCAACGCCGCGACCGUGGCCGCCGCGGCGGUGCCGGACGCGGCCAUGCCUGUGACGGGCGUCCCAGUUGCUACGGUGCCGCCAGUGGCCGUGGCGACCGUGACGCUGCGCCAUAACCCCGCUGCGGUCGCGGAGCCCAAGUGAGCGAGUAGAUGGCCCGCUCACGCUGGCAGGAAGCGACGCGCUGCCUGCGUCUGCACAAAGAGAGAAGAAACAGUCCGCCUGCUGCCCUGCCGGGUGCAGCGCCGUGAGAUUCAGCAUGCAUCCGGUUCCAGAUCGCAGCAAUGCCAGUACGAAUGGAUUUCGAGGACGCUCAUUCGCUAGCGAAGGCGCUGUCACAGAACUGCUGUGCCGUGAGCUGAUUCAGCCCCUGCAUACGGAUGGCCAGAUCCGGUAUGCGGGCACGGCGCGCUGUAGCAGGACAACAGUGCCUUAAUGUGUAUCAAUACAUUGUUUACCAUUACUACCCCGCAUUACUACACUGUGUACCAUUACAACAUUGCAAGGGGUGUCCUAUCGCACCCAUUACUACAUUGCAAAGUUUGAAGAACAGCGCAUGACGGCAGAGCUGGUGUUGUGGUCUGUGAUGUCGUCUGCGUAGAAGCCACAUGAGGCAGGAGUGCACGACUAGCAGGAAGAUCGUGCAUGAGCACGGGGGUUGCGUUUCUCAGGCAUUGACAUGUUGAAUUGCCAUCUUUUUGGACUGAGCCGAUGACCGCCCUGCUGCAGCCCCUGCUGGCGCAGCGGCACCGGGAAACUGCUCUGGAGGCGUGGCCACCCAGUGUUUCCAAGAGCUUUUACGCGCAUUAGCGCUGUAGUAUCCGGUAUGGAAAACACUGUGGCCAUCCAGGGCUGGUGUGGGAGAAACCCAUGUUCCUAACCAUAUCUCCUAAGAGAGGAGGAGAUUGGAUGACAUCUCGAGACGCCUUCUGAC